GCAGCGUUCGCGCCUUUUCCCGCCUCAGCCCCACCCUCAUGGCGAGUGCCGGUGUCAGCGGCGACCCUCGACCUCUGACCCCUCAGGCCAUCCUUCGUUAGACCCCCAUGUCCCACACCAUGUUUUCAGAGCAGGCAGCCCCCACGGCGCAGGGGCUGCUGGCCCCCCCCUCGGCCGAGCCCCCCACCUUCCCCCGGGUGCCUGUGUCAGGCUAUUCAGACUGCUCACAGCCCUUCCAGCUGGGCGAGCGCAGCUUCUCCCGGCAGUACGCCCAUAUCUACGCCGUGCGCCUCGCCGGGAUGCGGCCGGGCCUGGAGCAGCGUGCACGGAGCCGAUGGGGGAAUGACAUUGUGCUGCGGAAGCUCUCAGAGCUGCAGGCAGGAGAGAAGUGCUGCGUGGUGGGGACGCUCUUCAAGGCCAUGGAGCUCCAGCCCUCCAUCCUGCAGGAGAUCAGUGAGGAGCACAACCUGGUGCCUCAGCCACCCCUGCCCAAGUACAUCCAGCCCUCUGACGAGCUGAUCCUGGAGGAUGAGCUGCAGCGGAUCAAGCUGGAAGGAGCCAUUGAUGUGCAGAGGCUGGUGACAGGGACCAUCUUGGCUGUGUAUGGCUCUGAGCAGGACGACGGCAGAUUCCUGGUGGAGGAUCACUGCUUCACCGACUUGCCACCACCACUGCCCUGGAACGGGCCCAGCUCUGACCGGUUUGUGCUGCUGGCCUCAGGACUGGGGCUGGGCAGUGUGAGUGGGGAGGCCCUGCUGAGCACUCAGCUACUGGUGGAUGUGGUGACGGGGCAACUGGGUGCAGAGGGCGAGCAGAGCUGUGCUGCUCACAUCACCCGUGUCAUUCUGGCUGGGAAUCUGCUGAGCCAGAACACACAGAGCCGAGACACCAUCAACAAGGCCAAGUACUUGACCAAGAAGACCCAGGCUGCAAGUGUAGAGGCUGUGAAGAUGCUGGAUGAGAUCCUGCUGCAGCUCUGUACCUCUGUGCCUGUGGACGUGAUGCCUGGCGAGUUUGACCCCACCAACUACACGCUGCCGCAGCAGCCCCUGCACCGCUGCAUGCUGCCCCUGGCCGGUGCCUACGCCACUCUGCACCUCGUCACCAACCCCUACCAGGCCAACCUGGACGGUGUCAGGUUUUUGGGGACGUCAGGACAAAACAUCAGUGAUAUCUUCAAAUACAGCAGCAUGGAUGACUACCUGGAGAUCCUGGAGUGGACACUGCUGGCAGGACACAUCAGCCCCACGGCCCCAGACACCCUCGGCUGUUACCCGUUCUACAAAUCUGACCCAUUUAUCCUCACCGAGUGCCCUCACGUCUACUUCUGCGGCAAUGCGCCCCACUUCCAGUCCAAGCUGCUCCAAGGGAAGGAGGGGCAGCGGGUGCUGCUGGUGACAGUGCCGGACUUCAGUGCCACGCAGACUGCCUGCCUCGUCAACCUGCGCAACCUCACCUGCCAGCCCAUCACCUUCUCCAGCUUUGGAGCUGACGGUGAGGAUGGGGACAUGGAAGUUGGACACUGACCAUAGGGAGGGCACAGACUCCACAUGCCCCCACUCCUCAAGGAGUCCUGGCAACCCACUGCCUUUGUCUGUCCUCUGGGAGGGUGACAGAGCUGGGUGGGGAAGCACUGGAGGGACAAGAUG